AUGGAAUUUAUAAAUUCAUUUAAUUUAGUAAUGUCAAAUAUAUUUGAUAAUCAUAAUAAUAGUUCAAUUGAAUUUUGGAGAAUUUGUGAACAAAUUAAUUAUUUUCAAAAUCUUUGGUUUAGAAUUCAUGAUGAUUUAAUCAUUUCAUCAUUUAAAUUAAUGGGGUCAUUAGCUAGAUGUAAUACAAAUGAAGUUUUCAAUUUCUUUGCUCAAGGUAGUGCGCAAUUUACAUGGGCAAAAUUAUUCCAAAAUUUUUCAUCCUAUGCUCAUGCUUUAAAUAGUAUUGAAUUUAGUCAAUCAAUUCAAUCGAAUCAAAUGAAUUCAUCAACGACUACAACUCAACAAAUUUCAUCAACUCCACAACAACACCAACAACAUCAGCAGCAACAACAACAACAACAAGGUUAUAAUAACCAACAAAUACCAAAUACACCAUAUCAACAAUUCCAACCAACAAUGCAAUACCAAGGACAACAAUCGUCAAUGCAACAAAGUGUAGGACAACAACAACAACCUCAACAACAACCUCAACAACAAAAUACACCAAAUACACCAAAUUCAACAACAAGUUCAAAUACAGCAAAUACAACAUCACCUGUAAAGAUUACACAAUUAUUAUUAUCAGAGAAAGAUAGUGAUGCACUUUCAAGUAUUUUCCAAUUGAUUUCAAGAUUGGUUGAAUCUUCAAUGGCAGUUGGAAAUGUAUUUUUAAAGAUUGGACCAUUGAUUUCAUUAGCAUUUCAAUUUGCAGUAUCACAAGUUGAUUCAAAAUUAAAAUCUAGUGCAUUAUCAGUGAUUACAUCAUAUUCUCAAUAUCCAAUUUAUGUAGCUGAUAUUUGGAGAUUAAUAAAUGAAACCAAUCUAUUCAAUAGUGGUCUUAGUGCAAUUGGUGGGCUAAAUGAAUUAUCUUUCACUCAACAAUCAUUAGAGUUGUUAUUACAAUUGAUUCAACAAUCAUCAUUCCUAUUCGAUAAGAGUAAUCAUUAUCAAGAAUCUUUGAAACUCAAAUCCUAUUUAGAUAGUUGUAUGGAUUUAUUCAAUUUAUUAAAUAUAAAAUCAUUUAAUACUUUGGAUGAAAAAUGGAAAUUUGCUUUAACUUUGAUGAAAAUAUUUGAAUUCUCAAUCAUUCAAUUCAAUCAAUCAAUUCAAAAUUUUCAAAUUGAUAAACAACAUCCAUGUUAUCAAUUAUAUAUUGAAUUAAAUCGUUCUUCUUUAUCUAGUAAUUUGUAUCAACAACAACAACAACAGCAAAAUAAAUAUCAACAGCAACAACAACAACAACAACAAAGUAAAAAAACAACAUUAGAGAAUAUUAUAAAGAUAAUUGAUUAUUCAAAUGAUCAAUCAAUAUUAAUUCAACAACAAAUUCAACAACAACAGCAACAACAACAACAAGGUUAUAAUCAAGAUUCAUCAAGAGUAAUUUUAAAUUUAGUAUUCCAACAAUUACAACAACAAGAUAAUGAUGAUUUUAAUUUAUUAGUAUUGAAAUGUUUAGAUUUGUUAUUGUUAAUCUCUGAUAAUACAGUUUACGAUAUUGAAAAUGCAAAGAGUUUAGUUGUUAAUUUAUCAAAUAUGGAUUAUAGCAGACCAAUUGUGUCAAUUGCCAAAUUGAUUGACCAUGAAUUACCAGCUAUUUCAUUACGUGCAAUUAGAUUAAUCUAUAGUUUCGAAUGUUAUACUCAUCAAAUUUCAACGGUUUUCUUGGAUAGUGAUCCAAAUUUAAUACUUUCCAAGUUUAUAAAGAUGAUGGAAUUCAAUGAAUCCAAUUUCGAGGAUUUCUCUGGUACAAACUAUGAUCAAACCAUUUCAUUCAUUAGAUAUGCAAGUAAUUCCGUACAAUGGACAAUAGCUCAAUUGAUUAUGUUAUGUCUUUCAAAUAUUAGUAGUGGAAGAUAUACAUUGGCUCAUUUCCUAUUGGGUUGUUCAUCAAAUUUAGAUCUUUCAAAGGAUUUCAUACCAAAUAGUAAAUCAUGUUUAACUUUGAUCAUAAAGAAUGUUAUGAAUUCACAAUUCGUAGAGAGAUAUCCACAUUUGGUCGAUUGUUAUCAUGAAAUCAUUUGGAAAAUGUCAAGUGAUCCAAUCACUUGGAAACCAAUGAUCAAAUAUAUUCAAGAGGAAUUUCCAAACUAUUAUCAUGAUAGUUUAUUAAUAUUAAGAAAUGCAAUUACAAUCAAUGGUUCAUCAGAGAGAAGAACUGAAGCAUUGAUCUCUUCAAUGUCAUGGGUUUUCAAGACUUGUUCCAUUUCAAUUCAAAAUUCUUAUUCAAUCGAAAUGAAACAAUUCUUAACUCGUUUAAUCUUUCCAUCAUUGAUGAACUUAAAUCAACCUUCAAUGAAUGGUGGUAUUGGUGGUCUUAAUGGUACAAUUAAUAAUGGUUUAAUCAUGGGUAUUUCACCAAUUAAUAUCUUAUCACUCUAUAAUACAAUUGAAUUUCAAUUACCUGAAAUUAAUAGACCAAGAAUAUUUUCAAUGUAUCCAAAUUUAAUUGAAUAUUUUACAACAAAUAUUAAUAUUAAUAAUUUAAAUUCAAAUAAUAAUAAUAAUAAUAAUAAUAACAAUAAUAAUAAUAACAAUAAUAACAAUAAUAAUAAUAAUAAUAAUAAUAAUAAUAAUAAUAAUAAUAAUAAUAAUAAUAAUAAUAAUAAUAAUAUUACUAAUGGUGGUACAAGUCAAUUAUUAGAUAUUAUUAAAAUUAGAGAGGUUUUAAAGAAUGAUUUUAAUAGAUUUUCAAAUGAAUUUGAAAUUGAAAGAGAAUUAGAAGAAUGUUGUUUAAUUAAUUCAAGUAUUCAAUUAUAUAAUAGUAAAUUAAAAGCAUUAGAUGGUUGGAAAUCAUUUAUUAAUAUUUCUUUAGCUCAAAAUACAAUUGAAAUUGAUACAUUGGAUGAAUCAUUAUUAUUAUCAUUAUUACAAAGAAUAGUUAUUGAUUUCUCAAAUGAACGUAAUCCAAUUGAAUCAACAUUAUCAAUUGGUUAUACAAUUUUAACCAUUUUAUUCACAUUGAAAUUGAAAAAAGAUAGUUAUCAAUUAUUUAUCAAUUCUUCACUCACUACCAAUAGCACAGAUUCAAAUGUAAUUGAACAAAAGAUGAAAUCAAUCUUUGAAGGAUUAUUACAAACUGUUUUAAAAUCACCACAUCAAGCAAUAAGAGGUAUUAGUUAUACUUGUUUAAUUCAAUAUUUGGAUUUAUCAGCUACAACUCCAACAACUCCAUCAUUAUCACCUUUAUCAACCUCAAUUAAUAAUGUCGUUGAAAUGAAUAAUAAAAGUAAAAAUAAAAAUAAUCAAGAUAAAGAACAAGGAUAUGGUAAUUUAAAUAUUGGUUUAAUCAUUAGUAAAAUUGAAGAUAAAUUUAUUAGAAUCUUAUCGAGUGAUUGUAAUUCAUUUAGUAGAGGUUGGAGAAUUACCGCUAUAAGUUGUAUGCAAAGUAUUUUAUCAAUUGACAAUCUUUGUGGACAUAGAUCAUUAAUGUUUUUACAAAACAAAGGAUUCAUCAUCAAUAUGAUCAAUGAUACUUGUUCAAAAUAUUUAUCAGAUAAUUGGGAAAACAUUGAUCCAAAGGAUUUACAUGUCUAUAAAUCACAAAUGUCCUUACUCUUAAAGAUUUCUCAACAAAUGGAUGGUGUUCACCUCUUAAUGAAUAAUAAUGUAAUUGGUAGUUUUGUUAAAUCACCAUUUUUAAAUUAUAUUCCAACCGAUAAAAUCUUUGGUAAAUUUAUAGAGAUACUUUUACCAAUUUUACAAUUAUUCGCUUCAUUAUGUUGUUAUUGUAAUAAUACUUCAAAGAAUAAUGGUAAUAUUAAUAAUAAUAACAAUGUUGGUGGUACAGUUUUAAUUGGUAGUGAUAGAAAUGAAAUUUAUCAAGAAUUAUUUGAUUUCCUUUCAAAUCAUUCAGAUUUAUUCAUCAUUAUUUUAUCAGAUCAAAGUAGUUUUAGUCAUCCAACUUUAUCAAGCUUAAAAGUUUUAAAAUUAACUUGUUUCUUAUUUUCAAAAGUUUCAAGUUUAUUCUUUAAAAAAUCAACUACCACCUCUUCUUCAACUUCAACUACAAGUAGCCAUAAUAGAACACAAUUUAAUAGAUUCCAUUAUUGUUUAAUUAAUUUAUUAGUUAAAUAUUCAGUAAAUUCAAAACAAAUCAUUGAAUUGGUUAAACCUGAAAAUAUUGAUGAAGAAUUAUUAACCGAGAAAAUUGAUUUUAGUUAUUUACCAAAGAGUUCAAUUGAAAAUCAAUUUAAGAAUAUUCCUGAUGAUAUUAAUAUUGGUGGUGUUAAUAUUGGUUUAACAAGUAAAAACUCAAAUAAUAAUAACAAUAAUAAUAAUAAUAAUAAUGGUAGCAUCAAUGGUAAGAAAUCAAAGAGAAAGAAUCAAUUCCAAAUUUUAAUUAAAGAAACUAUCACUUCAAUCAUUCAUGAUUUAUUAUUAUAUUGCAGAAAAGUUUCAAUUGUUCAAGAUUCAAAUUUUGGUUUCGUUUGUUUUAAUUCAAAUUUAAAUAUUUAUCAACAAUUCCAAUCAUUUUCAAGUUUAAGAUCAACUAAUCGUAAUAAUAGUAAUAAUAAUAAUAUUAAUAAUAACAAUAAUAAUAAUAGCAACAAUAAUUAUAAUAAUAAUAGUAUGAAUAGUGAUAUGGAUAAUGAUGAUGAUAAUAUAAUUAAUAAUAAUAGUUAUAAAUUUAAUAAUAAAAAUAAUAAUAAUAAUAAUGAUAAUAAUAAUCAAAAUAAGAAUAGUAUAUUUGGUGGCUUUGGAGUGAAUAAUAGUAUUAUCAAUGGAAAUAAUAAUAAUAAUAAUGGUAAUAAUAAUAAUAAUAAUGGAAAUAAUGGAGUUAAUAUUUUACCAUCAAUUGAUUUAGCUAUUAAUAUAUUGGUUGAUAAUAUUCUUCAAUAUUCAUUCUAUAAGGUGGAUUUAAGUCAAUGUUUCAAAUUAUUACAAUCCUAUGAUCAAUUAACCAACUAUCAAUAUCAAGAGAUCUUACAAACUGGUGAAGAUUAUCCUGCAUUUGGCCCAACUCAAAGAAAUCAUAUGGUUGAAAAUAUUUUGAAAGAGAAAAUCAUUGAUAUUGAAACUCAAAUCUCUAUCAUCCAUGAAAAUAUUGAAAUCCUAUUGUUAUUGAUUGUUUCUCAUUCUUUCUACUUUUGUAAUUCUUUAUAUUUGUUAUUCCAAAAUUCAAAUAAUAAUUUCUAUAGUAGUGCAAUUGGAGGCACCAUAAGUCCAACUUUAGCUAGUAGUGCUUAUUAUCCAACAACACAACAACAACAACAACAACAACAACAAGGUGGUUCAAAUUUAAAGAUUACAGAUUUAAAUGCUUCAACAACUACCUCAAACAUUAAAAAGAAUAAUGAAUCAGCAUUUUUAUCUUCAAAAACAAAUCAAAAUAGUGGUGGUAUGUUAUCAUCAGUUUUCUCUUACUUUAAAGGUCAACAAAAUAAUACACCAUCAGCUCAGGUAUCACAAAUUCCAAUAAAUUCAACACCUUAUUCAACAAAUUAUGCAACUCCACAUCAACAUCAACAACUUUUACAACAACAACAACAAAGACAACAACAAAUUCAACAACAAAUUAAUCAAACACCAUCAAAUGAAUUAUCUCCACAAGAGAUUGAAGUAUUCCUUAAACGUUUAAAACAAUCCAUUUUUGAACGUGAAGUUAAUCAAUUAGGUGGUAAAUUAUCUGACGUCAUUUUAAACCAAAUCGAUAAAAAAUCAACUCUCAUUGAUUUAUUAUUGAAAAAAUUACAAGAUUUAACAAAAUAA